AUGGCGGCAGCCACCGCUUCCUUGGCGAUCUCCAGCACUUGCUCGAGGUAAGAACCUACUCUGUUCUCUCCUUCGGAACAGCACAUCUCCAGCUCUCAUGCUCGAGGAUUCUCGCUCUGGUUCAGCCACGGGAAUGAGAGAUUUACAAUCUGUGAUCGCAGAGUGAGGGCGCCGAGAUCAUCGCCCGAGCGGACGACUCCGGUGAGUUUGCAGCGGCGGACUCGCACGACGGCCACUAAGGGAGGGGUCUCCACCGUCUGCGAACCCCUCCCCCCGGACAGGCCCCUGUGGUUUCCGGGGAGCUCCCCGCCUGCGUGGCUCGAUGGAAGGUAUUCUUCUACCUUCUGCCGCCCGAAACCAGUUCAUCCUCCUCCUCACUUGAAUCGGAGCGAGUAUGGAUUAUUCUUUUUUCUCGUGUUCUCGCAGCCUUCCUGGAGAUUUUGGCUUCGAUCCGCUGGGGCUAGGUGAGGAUCCCCAUUCUCACAUUUCUCAUCGCUGUGGAUCUUUCUUUUCGCCUUCGUAUCCGCCCAACAAGUGGAAAUUCCGCUGAGGAUGGUGGCGAUCUGCAGGGUCUGAUCCAGAGCUCCUGAGAUGGUUCGCCCAGGCGGAGCUGAUGCACAGCCGAUGGGCCAUGCUCGCCGUGGCGGGCAUCCUCAUCCCGGAGACCCUCGAGAAGCUCGGAUUCAUGGAGAACUUCUCCUGGUUCGACGCCGGCUCGCGACAGUACUUCGCUGACCCCUGGACCUUGUUCGCCGUGCAAAUGGCGCUGAUGGGAUGGGCGGAGGGAAGGAGAUGGGCCGACUUCGUCAACCCCGGCUCCGUUGACAUCGAGCCGAAGUUCCCCAACAGGAAGAACCCCACGCCGGACGUGGGCUAUCCCGGUGGCCUCUGGUUCGACCCGAUAAUGUGGGGGAGAGGGUCGCCGGAGCCGGUGAUGGUGCUCAGGACGAAGGAGAUCAAGAACGGGAGGCUGGCGAUGCUCGCCUUCGUGGGCUUCUGCUUUCAAGCCAUCUACACCGGCGAGGGCCCGCUGGACAACUUGGCGGCGCAUAUCGCCGACCCUGGCCACUGCAACAUCUUCUCGGUGGGUAGCCUUUUCCGGAGAACCCACCCACCCUUCUGGUUCUUCCUCCUAUCUGGAGCUCCACUGAGCGAGAUCUCUGGUCGUUGCAGGCGUUCGCGUCCCACUGA